UUUCGACAGUACCCGAAGGCAGCGCUCUAGCACCGAUGCUUCAGUCAGUCGAGCACAUAGCAACAUUGACGUUAGCUACUCAUCUACGGAGACUGAUAACUGAUGACACGUCUUUUGUGAAGAUAACUUCAACAUAAUGGCUGCAGACUUAAAGAAGAUGAUUCCUGAGCUGUCCAACACGUCAGUGUGUAUGAGGGACCCUGAGAGGGUACAGGAUAUCCUCCAGUCCAUGGUGAAGGCUGGCUCCAACACCGUGCAGGUGAUCUCAGAUUUUGACAUGACCCUAACGAGAUUUGCCUACAAUGGAAAAAGGUGUCCUACCUGCCACAAUAUUCUCGACAACAGCAAACUUAUCGACAGCGACUGCAAAGAACAGCUGAAGGAGCUGCUCAACACAUACUACCCAAUAGAGAUCGACUCAUCACGGUCAGUAGAGGAAAAGCUGCCCCUGAUGGUGGAGUGGUGGACUAAAGCCCAUGAACUGCUGGUACAGCAGGAGAUUAAGAAAGACAUGCUGGCUGUGGCAGUGCGGGAGUCCGAAGCCAUGCUGAGGGAGGGCUACCAGCUCUUCUUCGACCACCUGCAUGAGCACAGUAUCCCUCUGCUCAUCUUCUCUGCUGGGAUAGGAGACAUCCUUGAAGAGGUGAUUCGCCAGGCUGGGGUCUUCCACUCCAACGUCAAAGUCUUCUCCAACUACAUGGACUUUGAUGAAUCUGGAGUGUUGAGGGCUUUCAAGGGAGAGCUGAUCCACAUCUACAAUAAAAGGGAAGGUGCACUGCUGAACACCGGCCAUUUCAAGGAGCUGCGGACGCGGCCUAAUGUGGUACUGCUGGGAGACUCUCUGGGGGACCUGACCAUGGCUGACGGGGUGCAGGACAUGGAAAAUAUCCUUAAGAUUGGCUUUCUCAAUGACAAGGUGGAUGAGAGGAAGCAAUCUUACUUGGACUCAUAUGACAUUGUGUUGGUAAAAGAUGAGACCUUGGAAGUCCCCAACGCAGUCCUGCUCUACCUCACUGGCAAUAAGUGAACUGAGAAUUGAGAAUACCACUGGCCAUUUGGUGUUGGACACUCCAGUGCGCCAGCUGAGGAGGCGUCCACUCAGAAAAUGCCAAUCGCAGGCUCUUUCACCACCAACCAAGAAUGUGUCAUCUUUCAUUUCACCACAUUAUUCACAAGUCCAGCUAAGUCGCACCUCACGCACACGUCAUCCUUUUAUAUCUUUGUCCAUUGGUCUUCUUCUCAUGAUCUGGUUUAACUGCUCUUGGACCACACUGUAUGUGAUGGAAGACAGAGCGGCAGCGUCUACCUACUGUGCAGCAUGUUAAGUCUCAGUUUGCCUCGGCGAAGAUUGGUGUUGUCAGACAGUUUUGGUCCUCGUAAAGGAUGUAAUGAUAAAGGGAAAGAAAAGCGCACAACAUAAAUGGCAGCACUUGAUCCUCCAUUUUGUUUGAAACUCAUUUCCAACCUCAUACAAUAAAGCUAAUUUUAGAGAAUUUUUACCUGAAACUUGAAGUUUUUUCAAAAUGUUUAACAUUUUAUUACAAUGUCAAGUCUUCCACUUCCUGGUCAUAUUGUCUAAGCGUUCAGUACCGGUUGUAUUUUUUAUGGAAACUGUUGUUUUUCUUAUCCAGCACCACAGUGCUACAAAGUGUGAACUAUGAGAAGAACACUUGAUUUUACUGUAAAAAAAACCAAAAAAAAAUAAUUAACAUAAUGAAAACACAUUUUUUAGCUGUUUUUUGGCAGAGGAUUUGUAAGAACUACUACCUCAGAAGUGUUGCAGCUCCACAAAGAAAAUGAUUUCACCUUCGGCAUUUGAAUUGUACAGUUUUGGAAAAAUUCUGCGCUGCAACAAACAAAAGUUUCCAAAAACUUUAUAACUGAUGUUUAAAACAAUAUUUGAGGUACAAUGACUUUAUUUUUCUGUCACAUGUGGACAAUGUGCCAAAAACAGUCAGUCUGAUUUUUUUUUUUUAUCUUCCUCUGUCUGAACUCAUUACCUCUUCAUCUGUUCCAACUUGUCUGAAAUAAAAUUAGGUUUCAUCUG